CCCACCUCUUGCACCCAGCAAGAGCCAUUAAUUAUAUGUUGGUGAGGUACAGAAAUCAUCUUAAAGAUUUUGAAGUCUGAGACAAAACCUAACAGGUGUACAAACACAAGGGACACACUGACUGGUCACAGCAACAAUUACACGGAAGUGAAAGAUAUUUUUGUCACAGAUAUUGCUAGGUGAACAAUUAUGAACUGCAAUUGCUGAGGCUUUAUGAAUGAAAAGCUAAUUCAUCCUACUGAAAUCUACAUUGCAAAAGAAAAUGAAUAGUCAGUACUUUCGCCAUGAAGUACUUGCUUGUGAAACUGGAGGGCUGAAAAACUUCUGGGAAAAGACAAUUGAGAAGCAAACUCAGCAUCUUGAAGUUGAAAGAGAACGUAAACAAAAAAGUGCAUUGACCAAGCUCAGAAAUGAAUGGAUGGAAAGGCUGGAAAAGAGAUUAAAGAUGAUAAAAGCAAACGAUGAAAGUGAAGAAGCCCCUAACUAAAGAUAGCAUCACACAUUUUUACGUAUUUGACUGAAAGCUCUAGUUUCAAUUGUGCUUAGAUUAAACAGAGAAGGAUUGAGUUAUGAUAAAGCCAUGGUGUCUGAUGUGCAUUCAUUUAAAAACUUCACUGAGUUUAUCUGGAAAACUGAUAUAAUUAUUUCUCUAUCAGAUCUCUUCCUUUAGCUAUCAGACUCUAUGUUGUACUCCAAAGAACUUUCUUAUAGGAAUUCACCAGUAGUCUGAUCUACUAUCUUAACUGCCAAUUGUUGACAUUGUAGUCUGGGGAUUCUGCAUUAUGAUGUUGUAUAUUGCCUCAGUUGCCUUUAGGAAAGAAGUAAAUAAAUAAAUAUGUAGUCAAUAUCCCAUGUGCGUUUUUGGAUCCUUUUGAUAAUAUACCUUUUUGCAACUUUUAAUACAAUUGGCAGUUAAAAUAGUAGAUCAGACUAUUGGUGAAUUCCUAUAACAUUAACAGUUAAUACAUAUCAUUAUGUGAAAUCAAAAAAUGCAUUCAUUUUGGCAUGGUUUCAUUGAUUGCAGUUAAGGCAUGACUAUACACAGUUAUGGACUGCAUCCCCACAUUUAUGCUAGCACAUUCAACACAUGCCAAUCAUGCGUGGAGACUGUUUUGUAGUCUUACAUUCAUGCUCACUCCUUGUUUGAACUAUCAGGUGAUUUGUGGUUUGUGAAGAGGAUGCCCAUGAAAACAGUAUGUGAUACAUUCAGUUAAGUGUAUGAACUGCUUCCAUUAAUUGUAUGGUGUUUAAGGCAGGGGUUUUUUUCCUCUGGUUUUUGAUCCAGAAUGACUGUUUCUCACUUGUAGCAGCAUCUAAAUAUUACAAAGUCCUUGUGUCUGUUGGGGAACAACACAACACAAGGACUUUAUAUCACACAUGCAAUGGGUGUUUUGUGCUUCCCAGAUGCACACCAGCUUUUUUCUGUUUGGUAUCACAGCACAAAGGGGAAGCGCCUCCCCACAGCCUCCCGCUGUUUUCAUGUCUUCAAACCACUCCAUGGAACCCUGUAAGUAGUCAUUUUUACACUGAAUCCUAUAGCAGC